AUGUAUUUAUUAAAAUUUAAUAUUUGUAUAUUAUUGUUAUUAUUCUUAAAAUUGGUUGAAUCUGAUCCAAUUGCAUUAGGUCCAUGUGGAACUGGAUCAGCAGGACCAACAGAACAAUUACCUAGAGGACAAUGUAAUUUACCAGUACCAACUGGAAUUAGUUUGGCAUCGGUUAGUUUUGGAUUCUAUUCUAAUGGUGCGAGAUGUGGUGAAUGCUAUCGUUUGAUUGGUCCGAGAGCGUCGAUUGUCGUUAUGAUCAUCGAUGUUUGUAACAUGGGCGAAUCGUGUCACCAAAACGAUCGAGCACACUUUGUUGUGACAAACAGUGAUUUCUACAAGAUUGCACCUUCCAAUCAGACAGCGAUGAUCUAUUCGCUCGGCUACCAGGCGGUCAGUUGCGAGCAUCCCGGAAACAUCAAUGCCUCUUUUGCCGGUGGUGGCGAGGGUUACAACGACUAUGCCUACUACUUUCGUGUAUCGCUCUGGGGAAACACAGUCGGUAUCAAAUCGGUACAGGUUAUGGGUUCAGGAAUGCAAGGUUUCCAGAAACUCCGAUAUGAAAACGGUGGUUGGACCUGGAACAAGUUGGACGACGCCAUCAAAUUCAUUUUCCCAGGAACCCUACUUAUCACUGCCAAUGACAUGGAAACGGUCAUCUAUGACUUUAACAAAGCAGUGCCAUUCAAGGCGUACGAUACUCACAAACAGUUCACACCUGCUCCCACCGUGGAGAACACAACAAUCUGCUCAAUGGGACUGGUGCAACAGUACGUCUACGACGACCACGUUCUCUACGGCUGGGAAUCUUACAACAGUUUCAAUAUCACGGAAUAUACAGUUGACGACACUGACGAUCCGUAUUCCGGUCAAUCGAAUAUCAGAAUCACAUUGAAUCCAGGCGGUGGACUGGCAUUCUCGAGAGACGGUGGUUUCGCAACGAAAUACCUGAAAUCAUUUAAAUUCGCUGCGAGAGCCUCCGAGCAAUGCGCAAUGAAAGUGUUCUUUAGUGAGCGACUUGGCACCAGAGGAUAUCGAGUACUCGAUCUCGCUGUUCAACAACCAGAACAAGCUGAUAACAUUCUACAUCGACGACGUUCAGUGCCGUCGAGCGAAGGAGGAACAGGCCAGAUCGUACUCACCGGUAUUAGUGGCGCACCAAGUGGAACCGGCACAUUAGCUGACCUUCUUACACUCUCACCAACCACUAAAGGCAAAAUGGAUUCAAAUAUUGAUACUACACCUGGUUAUUUUGGUGAAUUUGGAGGUGCUUUUGUACCAGAUGCUUUGAAGUUAAAGGUCUUGGAUAGAUUAGAAGCAGAGUUUCUAAAGUAUAAGGAUGACCCAGAGUUCAAUAAGGAAUUAGAGUUCUACCAAAGAGAGUAUGUCGGAAGAGAGAGUCCACUUACAUUGGCAAACAAUCUUACAAAGCAAAUCGGUGGUGCCAAAAUUUAUCUUAAACGUGAAGAUUUAAAUCAUACCGGUUCACAUAAGAUUAAUAAUGCAAUUGGUCAAAUCUUACUUGCCAAGAGAAUGGGUGCAAAGAGAGUUAUCGCUGAAACUGGAGCUGGUCAACAUGGUGUAGCUACUGCAACUGCAUGCGCUGUUUUCGGUAUGGAAUGUAUUAUUUAUAUGGGUAAGCUUGACACUGAAAGACAAGCUUUGAAUGUUUUCAGAAUGGAAUUGUUGGGAGCAAAGGUUAUCUCUGUUGAUAAGGGUCAAGGUCGUUUGAAGGAUGCUGUCGAUGCAGCCUUGGGUGAUCUCCUAGAGAACUUUGAUCACACAUUCUACUUGCUUGGUUCCGCUGUAGGUCCACAUCCAUACCCAACCAUCGUGCAAUACUUCCAAUCGGUUAUCUCCAAGGAGUCCAAGAAGCAGGUUCUCGAGAAGGAAGGAAAGUUGCCAACUGCUGUCGUAGCUUGUUGUGGUGGUGGAUCGAAUGCAAUCGGUGCAUUCCAAAACUACAUCGAUGAGCCAUCGGUUCGUUUGGUUGGUGUUGAGCCAACUGAAGCUGCCUCCAUCUCUCAAGGUGUUCCAUUUGUUAUCCAUGGUUUCAGAUCGAUGACUUUGAUCGACGAUAACGGUGUACCCAAGCCAACCUACUCGAUUGCAUCCGGUUUAGAUUACCCGUCGGUAUCUCCAAUUCAUGCUUAUCUCAAUCAAACUAAACGUGCCGAGUAUGCAACCGUCUCUGGUGAAGAAGCACUCGAGGCAUUCCAAACCUUAUCUAAAUGCGAAGGUAUCAUCCCAGCAUUGGAAUCAUCCCACGCUGUUGCACACGCUAUUAAAUUAGCCAAACAAUUGAAACCAGAUGACAUCGUUGUCAUUAAUAUUUCUGGUCGUGGUGAUAAGGAUGUCGAGCAAGUUUCAAAAAUGUUGUCUGCCAAACAAUAA